UUGGAAGUUAGCGGCAUAAUUUUAUUUUAUCAGUUCUUUACCGUUUACGAUUAUCUUAGAAAAAUGUUUCAAAGAACGUUCCGGUCGGUGACGUAACGCUGCGGCUGACUGCUUUGUUUGCUGAUUAUUUCGACGGUAUUGCGUUCAUAGCUCCGACCACACAAAGUACUCCGUGGCAGCUACCGUUGUACCUCCCACGUUCACUGCUGCUACUAACGAUAAUAGCAGCAAUUGGUAUUGCGGACAUCUGAGGAAGGAACCAUAUCGAAUCGGAAUUGUCGUGUAAUCACCGACCGGGUUAGGUGUGUUGUAGUUUUUUCGUGGUAAUAUUUUAUAUAAUUUUUUUUUUUUUUAGUUUUAUUUUUUGGUAUAUUUUUGAACUUUAAGUAAUAACAUUUCCAAGUACUUAUGAUAAUUUUGUACAGCGACACUGUUCGUAGUCAAUUGUAAUCACUGUACAUUUGGUAUUUGUAAUUAAACUAUUAAGUGUUACUAAAAAAUAAUUGUAAUUGAUGUUAUUCAGCUACUUCGAAUGCUGUCUUUUUUUAGUUUGUACUAGACACAUAUCUACACACAACAAAUAUAUUAAUGACAAUAAUAACCAUGAUGUUCAUCAGUUGUUAAUGAAAUUAUAUUUGUGCAAGCCAAUGCAUUAAGUCAAAAAUCAGUUUGUUAACAUACUGUUUUAUUAUUGCGCCUUUGCGUUAUUUACAGUAUCAUCAUAUAAUAUUAUUCACUUAUAAAUAGUGAAUAUUUAUACUUCGAUUUUAAGUCUAAACAAAUAAAAAUUCAAAAAUGGCUGCAGAAAGAGAAAUUGCUGCUGAAGACUCCAUUAAAGUUGUGUGUCGAUUCCGUCCUCUUAAUGAUUCAGAAGAAAAAGCUGGUUCUAAGUUUGUAGUAAAGUUUCCUACUGGACCUGAUGAGAAUUGUAUAACCAUUGGAGGAAAAGUAUACUUAUUUGAUAAAGUAUUCAAACCAAAUGCUUCUCAAGAUAAAGUAUAUGGGGAUGCUGCUAAAUCAAUUGUUUCCGAUGUUCUUUGUGGAUAUAAUGGAACUAUAUUUGCAUAUGGUCAAACAUCUUCUGGUAAAACUCACACAAUGGAAGGAGUUAUUGGUGAUCCAUCAAAGCAAGGAAUUAUACCACGUAUAGUCAAUGAUAUUUUUAAUCAUAUCUAUGCUAUGGAGGAAAAUUUAGAGUUUCAUAUAAAAGUAUCAUACUUUGAAAUAUACAUGGAUAAAAUUCGAGAUUUAUUAGAUGUUUCUAAAGUAAAUCUAAGUGUACAUGAAGAUAAGAACCGUGUUCCUUUUGUAAAAGGUGCUACAGAACGUUUUGUUUCUAGUCCAGAAGAAGUAUUUGCUGUGAUCGAAGAAGGAAAAGCAAAUAGACAUAUUGCUGUGACAAAUAUGAAUGAACACAGUUCAAGAAGUCAUAGCGUCUUUUUAAUAAAUGUCAAACAAGAAAAUUUAGAAAAUGAAAAGAAAUUGUCUGGUAAACUUUAUCUAGUUGAUUUAGCUGGUAGUGAAAAGGUAAGUAAAACUGGUGCUGAAGGUACGGUAUUAGACGAAGCAAAGAAUAUAAAUAAGUCUCUCUCAGCUUUGGGAAAUGUUAUAUCAGCAUUGGCAGAAGAUAAAAAGACACAUAUACCCUAUAGAGAUUCUAAGCUUACACGUAUUUUACAAGAAUCAUUGGGUGGUAAUGCACGAACCACCAUCAUUAUUUGUUGUUCUCCAGCAUCUUUUAAUGAAUCAGAAACUAAAUCUACUUUGGAUUUUGGUAGAAGAGCAAAGACAAUUAAAAAUGUUAUUACUGUUAAUGAAGAGUUAACGGCUGAAGAAUGGAAAAGACGUUAUGAGAAAGAGAAAGAAAAGUGUGCUCGUUUCAAAGCGAAAUGUGAUAAAUUGCAAUCUGAGUUAAACCGUUGGAGGUGUGGAGAAACAGUAAAAGAAGAUGAACAGGUUAACUUACAAGAUCCUAUGGAAGCAUCAACUCCAAAUAUUCAAGUUGAUAUUAAAAAAGAGUUUGGUGGUCCAGUACCAGCAAUACCAGGCGGUGUUAUGACAGAGUCUAUGUCAACCGAAGAGCGACAAAAGCUAGAAGAAGAACGUGAAGCUUUAUAUCAACAAUUAGAUGACAAAGAUGAAGAAAUAAAUCAACAAAGUCAGGAUAUUGAAAAGCUUAAAGAACAAAUUAUGGAACAAGAAGAGCUCUUGACAUCAACACAAAGGGAUUAUGAACAGUUGCAACAAGAAAUGCAUCGUAUUACUCAAGAAAACGAAAGUGCCAAAGAAGAAGUUAAAGAAGUAUUACAAGCUCUUGAAGAACUUGCUGUUAAUUAUGACCAAAAAAGUCAAGAAGUUGAUGCUAAAAAUAAAGAAAAUGAAAAUCUUAUUGAAGAAUUAUCACAAAAAGAGUCAUCUUACAAUAUGGCUUCUUCUGAAUUACAACAAUUAAAAGAUAUGUCAGCACACCAAAAGAAACGUACAACUGACAUGCUCUCAAAUCUUCUCAAAGAUAUUUCAGAAAUUGGUGUGGCUAUAGGUAGCGAAGCAGAAUUAAAUCAACAAGCCAUAAGUGAUGGAAAUUGUAAAUUAGAAGAAGAAUUUACUGUUGCCAGGCUCUAUAUUAGCAAAAUGAAAUCAGAAGUUAAAAAUUUAGUUCAACGAUGCAAUUUCUUUGAAACUAAUCAAAGUGACAUGAAUAAAAAGGUUAGUGACUAUGAAAAGGAACUUGCAGAGAGUAGAUUGAAAAUAUCCCAAAAUGAAGCUCGCUUGAAAUCUAUGCAAGAAUCAUUGAAAGAAGCAGAAAACAAAAAACGUGCUUUAGAAGAAAAUGUUGAUGCAUUAAGAGAAGAAUUUGCUAAAGUUAAAGCUGCGGAGCAAGUACAUAUUGUAUCAUCAUCUAAAGAAAAAGCUGAAGAAAAAGAAAAGGCAACUAGCAUGCGUGCUGCUCUUGAACAACAAAUGGAUCAGUUACGAGAUGUUCACCAUAAACAGGUUGCUGAAUUAAGAGAUGAAAUUAGUGAAAAACAAGCUUUAAUUACUGAACUUAAAGAUCAAGUACAAAAAUAUUCAUUAGCUCUACAACAGUUACAAACUGAUUACAACAAAUUACUCCAAGAAGAUCAAGAAAAGAGUCAACGUCUUCAAGAAUUUGUUUUAGCAAAUGAACGUCGUGAACAAGCUCGUAAAGAUCUGAAAGGUUUAGAAGACACAGUUACCAAAGAGCUUCAAACAUUACAUAAUUUAAGAAAGAUAUUUGUCCAAGAUUUGCAAUCACGUAUGAAGAAAUCUGCUACUGUUGAUGAUACAGAUGAAGCUAGUAGUGGUGGUACUUUAGCUCAAAGACAAAAGAUCAGUUUCCUAGAAAAUAACUUGGACCAGUUAACUAAAGUUCAUAAACAGCUAGUUAGGGAUAAUGCCGACUUACGUUGUGAACUACCCAAAUUAGAGAAAAGAUUGCGUGCUACAAUGGACCGAGUGAAGGCCCUUGAAGCAGCUUUAAAAGAUGCUAAAGAAGGUGCUAUGCGUGAUAGGAAAAGGUACCAAUAUGAAGUUGAUCGUAUUAAAGAUGCUGUAAGGCAAAAGAAUUUAGCUCGCAGAGGUCCUAGUCCACAAAUUGCUAAACCAAUAAGGGCUGGUCAACAUAAUAUUAUUGCAAGUAAUCGAAUAACUGAAGAUGAACUUAAAAAACGAAAAGCAGCAAUUAUACCUGAGUUAACUGAAACUAGUUGAAGAGCUUUUUUUACAUUUAACUUUUUUUUAACUAUUCUCAUAUACUCUUGCCAAAUAAGCAUUGUUAGAUUGCAUGGUGGAAGUAUUUGAAAAAAAAAUGAAUUAAUACUAUUUAUGGAAAUAAUUUUUGCUACAAUAUUUUAGAUUAUAAAUUUAUUUUAUCUUGCACUCGCUGUUGUAUUUAAAUACAUCAACAAUUUACAUCUUUAUGCAACUGGUCAUCUAUUUCUCAGUGCUGGACUCUGCCAAAUAAGAAAAUGGCAUGUACUCUUAAAAUAUGUAUCUGAUGGUGCUGUGUAUACACUAAUUCCCCAUUUGUACUUAUUAAUAAUGCAAAAAAAAUCAAAAUAAUUUGAACAAUAUUUUUCUUUAAGUUAAACAAUAACAUUCAGCUUCAAAUUAUUUACAUUUUAGUGAAAAACAUUAUUAUUUUAAAAUAUCUAUUUUUAAAAGUUAAUGUUUAAUUUAUUUUUAACACAACAGCAUGUGUUUUUUAUUUUAGACAUCUGAUUGUGCAACUACGUCUUUAUUUAUUUAUACAUAUAUUCCUAUAUAUUUUUUUUCAAAUAAUAAACGCUGUUAACUAAAUGA